GGGCUGGCUUUCACUCAGCUACGGUUUUGACGUCACGUGCGCGGUCCCGCCGCUCGCGGAUACGCGCCCCAGUCUCCCACCGCCCGCCACCCUCCGAGGCGGCAGCAGGAACCAGGAAGCGAAAGUACACACAUGGAGGGUGUGUCURUCGCCCGCCAGCGUCCGUUUUAGGCCUAAAAACACGGUCCUCCGCCGACGAACUCAUGGGGGACACGGCGAAGACCAAGCGGCUGGAGCAGCUGAAGCGCUGGGCCGGCUCCUGCACCGACAAAGCGUCCGACGUUCCCCGGCGGAGGCGGCGAGGCGACGCAGCGGCCGAGGCCGGGGCCGAGCCGAGCGAGCAGCCGGCGGAGCGGCCGGGUUCUGCGGGCAGAGAUGGAAGCAGCCCCGUCCUCCGACGACGGAAGAGGGUGAGGUUCGACAGAGCUGCUGAGUUUCUGGCUACCUGCGCCAGCGGCGACACGGAGGAGGUCAGGGCGAUGCUGGAGGAGACCGAGCGGACCGGAUCCAUCAACGGCGAGAACAUGGCGAACCUCAUCAACUGCUCCAACGCCGACGGCAUCACGGCUCUGCACCAGGCCUGCAUCGACGGCAGCGUGGACAUGGUGAUGUUCCUCGUGGACCACGGCGCCACCGUGAACCAGGUGGACAGCGAGGGCUGGACGCCGCUGCACGUGGCUUCUUCCUGCGGACACUCUGACAUCGUAGAGUUCCUGUUGGAGAACGGCGCGUCCCUGACGGCAGUGAACUGUGACGGAGAYGUUCCUCUGGACAUCGCUCUGGAUGAAACCACAGAGUCUCUCCUUCAGGAUUCCUCUCAGAAACAGGGCGUGGACGUGGAGUCGGCUAAACGUAAAGAGGAGGAGCAGAUGAUGUCAGACGCCCGCACCUGGCUGAACGAGGGUCCGCCUGCUGAUGUUCGCCACCCGAAAACCGGAGCCACGCCCCUUCAUGUGGCUGCUGCCAAAGGCUACCUGGAGGCCCUGAAGAUCCUGUGUCAGUGCGGGCUGGACGUGUCGGCCACAGACCUGGACGGCUGGACGCCRCUCCACGCCGCCGCUCACUGGGGUCAGGGGGAGGCCUGUCGCAUCCUGGCCGAGCAGCUGUGCAACAUGGAGGCUCGCAGCAACGGGGGUCAGACACCUUUCGAUGUGGCUGAUGAGAACCUGUCAGAGCUCCUGGAGGAGCUGUCUCAGAAACAAGCCAGUUGGCGUAAUGAGCAGUCGAUUUCAGACAGACUGAACCAGCAGGGGUCCAACACCRCCAACGCACAGAACAAGAGGCGCAGACACCUGAGGACAAAGACGAGGAGGAGGACAAGGCAAGCCGCACCGCCAGAGUCCAACCCACGCCUCAGAGCCGAGACGCAGAGAGUCCGAACGCAGACAAGAAACAGCAGCAGCCCAAACAGUUUCAGGCUCCGGUCAGAGACGAAGAGUCCGAGUCUCAGAGGAAGGCUCGGUCUCGGCUGCUGCGUCAGUCCCGCAGGUCCACGCAGGGUGUGACGCUSACCGACCUGAAGGAGGCGGAGAAAAACGUGGGUAAAACUGCAGAUCCUCCAGCUCGAAACGUCCAGUCUGUGAGCCCCAUCGUCACCAUAACGCCUGCUGAAAGGGACACCGACCCGGUGAAGCCGGCUGAGUCGGACGGAGACAAACGUUUGGGAGCGAAGGACCGGCGGCGGCAGAGGAAGGAGAGGCACUCCACCWGCAUCGUUCAGCCCAGAGAUAACGAUGACGCUCAACUGGAAGAAACAAACAACAACCACACAGAUCGACUGGAGGACUCUUCUUCAAACUACAGAUCACUCUACGUGCAGGUUCUGCAGGAGAACAUGUCUCUGAAGGAGAAGUUGCAGGAGAUUGAACUGCAGCUGAGCCAGAACAAAGUGGAGCUGGAGAGACUGAGACAGGUCAGAGAGAACCAGGAGAGCGGCACCAACAGACCGGCUCUGCUGGAGCUGGAGAAGUUUGAGAAGCUGGCCCUGCAGAGGAAAGCUGUGGAACUGGAGGACGAGCUGAAGGUUCUGGGUGACCUGAAAGCAGACAACCAGAGACUCAAAGACGAGAACGCUGCCCUGAUCCGAGUCAUCAGCAAACUGUCCAGAUGAACCUGAAAACUGCGCCGGACUGAAAGUAUUAAACCAUAAAUGCCCCCCGCCCCCCCGAGGACACGAACCACUAAAGGGAGAUGCAGCGUCCACCUGCAGCUCGUCUCCAGCUCUCGUCUGUUGGGACUGGUUUUGUUUGUUUUUGUUUGUUUUUGUGGCAGACCUACUGUAAGACUCUGAGCUCCACCUGCCGUGGACCCACAGGACUUUUUUAUAUUAAGUUUUUACUGUCGUGUUUUAUAACUGGAAUAUUGUGCUUCAGUAUAAACCUUUAAGAGGCUUAAAGCCACGCACAGCGAGCGCUGACGGGUGGAGGAUUUAAAAAAGAAAAGUCGGUCAGGUUGAUGUUCAGAUUUAAAUGUGCCAAAAGGAGAAAACAGACCCAGUUUGCACAGCUUUAGGUAAAACAUGAGCAGUGUUUUGUGACUCAGGAUGAGUCUUUGCUGUUCUUUUUUUUUUUUGGACCAAACCUGCGUUUGCUCCUCCUCGAUCCUCCGAACGUUGGUCGCUCCGGGUCUGCUGUUACAGACGAAGAGGUCACCAGGUGACGCUCGGGUCGGGACCCUCUCAGAACCCGGGUCACAGACGAGGACAUGCGGUCCCACCUCAGUACUGUGCAUCAGUAGGAACUUCUUCAAGUAUUCACCACGUGACGAGCGGCCUGACGGCUCCACCUCUGAAUGUUUACUUUAAAAGAACUAAAAACUGCAUGUCAACGUGUCACAUUGUACUUUGAUGCUGUGCCUUUGGAGAGACAUUUGUAAAGUAAUAUUUCUAUUUUGCUUUGGCAGUGUACACUGUGGACUAUGAAAUACAAGAUGGGCAUAAAUCA